UCCUUUCAAAUGUUAGCCAAUUUUCUGCGCUGUUUUUAUUAUAAUUUUAAUUUAAAUACACACCCAGGGACACCAUUUAUUGUCCACGUUUAACACAAAAGUACUUAUACAAAAAGCGAUUGCUAUUCAGCUCAAUCUGUUGCUGCUGCUUCAUUGCAAAACUCCACAGCCCAGUAACGAAAGGUCGUUUCUUUUUCUUCGGGUUUCUGCCAGUCUUAUAUAGCUCCCACCACCAGCCGCACCCCCCCGAUAUGAACUUUUCAGAAGGGAUUUGAAGUUACGUUCAACACGUCGUGCAGAAGACUCGUGCACCGUCUAUGCUGUCUAUUUUGAUCGAAAAUAUGGGAUUACUCUGCAGCAGAAACAAGCAUUACAACGAAGAGGACAACGAAGAGAAUGCUCAGACUGCAGAAAUUGAAAGGCGAAUUGAACAAGAAACAAAGGCCGAAAAGCACAUUCAGAAACUUCUCCUACUUGGUGCUGGGGAGUCAGGGAAGUCCACAAUUUUUAAGCAGAUAAAGCUUUUGUUUCAAACUGGAUUUGAUGAGUCAGAGCUCAAGAGCUACAUUUCAGUCAUCCACGCCAACGUAUAUCAGACCAUAAAAGUACUGUAUGAUGGGUCAAAGGAGCUUGCGCAGAAUGACAGAGAAACGUUUGAAAUAUCCAGUGAAAAUAAGGAAAUUGGAGAGAAACUAUCAACAAUUGGCAGCAGAUUGGAUUAUCCACGUCUCACUAAAGAGCUUGCACAGGAUAUAGAGACUCUUUGGAAAGAUGCAGCAAUUCAGGAAACAUGUGCUCGUGGUAAUGAACUCCAAGUUCCUGACUGUGCCCACUAUUUCAUGGAAAAUCUUCAAAGAUUAGCUGACCCAGAUUACGUUCCAACCAAGGAGGAUGUUCUUCAUGCGAGAGUUCGUACAACUGGUGUCGUAGAGAUCCAGUUCAGUCCUGUUGGAGAAAAUAAGAGAAGUGGGGAAGUAUAUAGACUCUUUGACGUUGGGGGCCAGAGAAAUGAGAGAAGGAAAUGGAUCCAUCUAUUUGAAGGCGUUACAGCCGUAAUAUUUUGUGCUGCUCUUAGCGAGUAUGAUCAAACACUCUUUGAGGAUGAAAGCAAGAAUCGAAUGAUGGAGACAAAGGAACUUUUUGAGUGGGUUUUGAAGCAACCGUGUUUUGAGAAAACGUCGUUCAUGCUGUUUUUAAACAAGUUUGAUAUAUUCGAGAACAAAGUUCUAAAUGCGCCGCUUAACGCCUGCGAGUGGUUCAAAGAUUACCAGCCGGUUUCAACAGGAAAGCAAGAGAUUGAACAUGCAUAUGAGUAUGUGAAGAAGAAAUUUGAGGAAUUGUACUUCCAGAGCACGGCCCCUGAUCGCGUAGACCGGGUGUUUAAGAUCUACAAAACCACUGCCCUUGAUCAGAAGCUCGUGAAGAAGACUUUCAAGCUCGUGGACGAGACGUUGAGACGUAGAAAUCUCUUCGAGGCCGGUUUAUUGUGACCGGGGAGGGGACACACCAGAUUUCAUGGCCAAACCACAAGAUUGUAUUUUGAAGGACAUCACAUCAUGAGCACACGCAUCAGAUUCCUUGAUUUUAGCUUUUACAUGUCAAUUAAAAUCCUGUUCCACUUAACGAGUGUCAAAAACAGAUGUUAUAACGUAUAAAAAUAAUUGUUGCAAGUGAUUUAUAGCUGAGUUGGUUAAGAGAA